AUUUAUACACUGUUUAGAUCAUUAGAAAUUCUAGCUAAUUAACUCCUUUUAAAUAAUUUCAAAAUGUAUGACUACUUGUGCCAAUACGAUAAAGAACAAAAAGUCUGGACCAGUGCCAAGAGGCAUGAAUUCUACAAUGAAAAUGUUUCGGCCGGAGAAUUGGCAUAUUUUGUUAUGCGCAAUACAAAUCCCUCGGAAGUUAUGCAAAUUUCAGACUGCGAUGGCACUGUUAUGACUUAUGGCUCCGCCCUAACUACAGCUAUAAGGAUUGCUCAACAUUUUGAGACGAUUGGUUUAACGGAAGAUGAUAUUGUGAGUAUUUUUGCUCCCAAUACCACAUAUGUUAUGCCUGUGGCAUUGGCUGCCUGGUUCAAUGGCACUCCUUUCCAGCCCAUGAACACUGUAAUGGAAACAAAUGUUUGUAUACAAAUUUUCGAAAAAAUUAAACCCAAGAUUAUAUUCUGUGAUGGUUUACAUUAUGAAAAGUUGAAAAAAGCUUCAGCCGCUUUUAAACCAGCUAUUUAUACAAUUUGUAAUCAUGUGGAAAAUGUGCCUAGAAUCGAGGAACUAUUAGAGCCCACGAAGAGUGAACAGCAUUUUAAGCCCAAACCUUUGACUAAAGGUCCCACUCAAAACUAUGGUCAAUUAUUGCUUUCAUCGGGCACCACCGGCUUACCCAAAGGAAUAUGUCUAUCAAAUCGUUAUGUCAUUUCAGAUAUGGCUUUCACCUAUCAAUAUGAUACAAUUUUCUCCACCAGCAGCAUAGAUUGGUUGACAGGUCUGGUAACUCUCUUGACUAAUGUUUUGGUAGGAGGAGUAAGAGUUAUAACUAGUAAACCCUAUUCCGCGGAAUAUUUGCAUGAAAUUAUUACCAAAUACAAAAUUAGUGUUUUAGUCACUAAUCCCUCCGCCAUGUUGGAGUUGACCUCAUUACCCAUUUUCUCCAAGAAAUCUAUGGAAAGUAUACGCAUGCUAAUUAUGGGUGGCUCCUCAUGUCCCGAAAAUACUCUAAAGGUUAUACGCAGCAGUUUAACAAAUGGUAAAUUGCAUUUCGGUUAUGGCAGUACUGAAAUUGGCGCUAUUGCUUUCAACAAUCGUGAUUACAAAUUAAAAUCGGUGGGUCAACUUGUACCCAAUUUACAAAUGAAAAUUAUGGAUACUACCACAGGCGAGCGUUUGGGUCCCAAUGAAAAAGGAGAGGUGUGUUUGCGCAAAACUAAUGAUCAAUGGUUGGGUUAUUAUAAAAAUCCUGAAGCCAAUAAAUCCACCAUAGAUGCUGAGGGAUUUGUACGCACUGGCGACUUGGGUUAUGUGGAUGAUGAACACUAUUUGUUUUUGCUGGAUCGUUGUCGUGAUGUUAUGAAAUAUUGGGGCUAUAAAUGGUCACCUCAUGAAAUUGAAGUAUUGGUUGCUGAAAUGCCCGAAGUUAAGGAAGUUUGUGCUUUUGGUGUUUACGAUAGUGUUAACUUGUAUGUACCUGCUGCAGCAGUGGUGGUAAAACCGGGCUGUUCUUUGACAGCACAAGAUGUGGUGAAGUUUAUGGAGCGUCGCAGUGAAGUUCAUUAUAAACAUUUAAAUGCUGGUGCUUUUAUUUUGAAGGAAUUGCCACGUAAUAGAAAUGGCAAAGUUAUGAGAGAUAAAGUUUUGGAAAUAUGUUUGGCUAUGAAAAAGGAAGAGAGUGAACAAGUGGAUAGAUAAGAAGUUAAAAGGAUUUAACUUAUUUUUUUUAUUGUUUUAUAGAAUUUUAAAAAUGG